AUGUCGGAGACCGCUCCUGCUGAGACGGCUGCCCCGGCGCCGGUGGAGAAAUCUCCUGCCAAGAAGAAGUCUACUAAGAAAUCCGCGAGCGGUGGCGCGGCUAAGCGCAAGGCGACCGGGCCCCCAGUUUCCGAGCUGAUCACUAAGGCUGUGGCUGCCUCCAAAGAGCGCAAUGGCCUUUCUUUGGCAGCGCUCAAGAAGACGCUAGCAGCUGGCGGCUACGACGUGGAGAAGAACAACAGUCGAAUCAAGCUGGGUCUCAAGAGCCUGGUGAGCAAGGGUACCCUUGUGCAGACCAAGGGCACGGGUGCUUCCGGCUCCUUUAAGCUCAAUAGGAAGGCGCCCACCGGGGAAGCCAAGCCGAAGGCCAAGAAGGCGGGGGCUGCUAAAGCGAAAAAACCCGCAGGGGCCACCCCUAAGAAGCCCAAGAAGGCUGCGGGAGCGAAGAAGGCGGUGAAGAAGACUCCCAAGAAGGCGAAGAAGCCUGCAGCCGCUGGCGUCAAAAAGGUGGCCAAGAGUCCCAAGAAAACCAAAGCCGCGGCAAAGCCGAAGAAGGCUGCUAAGAGCCCCGCUAAGCCUAAGGCAGUGAAGCCAAAAGCGGCGAAACCCAAAGCUGCCAAGCCCAAGGCGGCAAAACCCAAAGCUGCAAAGGCAAAGAAGGCGGCUCCCAAAAAGAAGUAGAAAGUUGGCGCUUAAGAAGCAAACCCCAAAGGCUCUUUUCAGAGCCACCCAGAGAUCUCUGAAAACAGCUGUGCACUGAGUAACGUAUAUAUUUUAUUCUCGGCCGGUCGCCAAGAAAAAUUGCCCUCUACUUCCACUAAAUGUUUUCACCUUUCCUCCUGCUUGGAACUCAAAGCGAAAAACAUGAUAUUCCUUUUAAAAUACAACAAAGUUAGAAAUUUGACCUGGAUCCAGUAACCUGCAAAAUUGUCCACAAACAUCUUAAAUGUGAGU